AAGGCUGAGUCUUGCCGGGCCCAGUACAGUUUUUGUUGGCGCAGCUUUGGGAGCGUUAUGGAGGCUUCCGCUUCUUUUUUAUCCUUCGCUGCCGGCCCCUUCUAUUGGAUCGGAGUGCUGGUCGUCGGCUACUACUUCUUUAGUAUGCUUUUUAAGUUAGUAGGCACCAUCCGCCUGUGGCUGCUGGACAACUCGGCGAUCCUGGACCCGUACCGGGGCACCUGGGCAGUUAUCACAGGAGCUACAGAUGGAAUUGGAAAGGCCUAUGCGGAAGCGUUGGCAAAGCAUGGAAUGAAGGUGGUUCUUAUCAGUAGAUCUCAAGAAAAACUGGAUAAGAUUGCCAGUGAAAUAAAGAGCAAAUUCAAGGUGGAAACAAAAACAAUUGUUGCUGACUUUUCAAACCGAGAAAAUAUUUACAGCAAUAUAAAAGCAGGCUUGGAAGGCCUUGAAAUUGGUAUUUUAGUGAACAACGUGGGCGCUUCCUAUGAUUAUCCUGAAUAUUUCCUUGAGGUCCCAGAUUUAGAUAAAAAUAUUGACAGUAUGAUAAAUGUUAAUGUCAUAUCCAUGUGCAAGAUGACACAGUUGGUGCUUCCUCGCAUGGUAGAAAGGUCCAAGGGAAUAAUAGUUAAUAUCAGUUCUAUGUCUGCAUUAAUGUCAACUCCAUUUUUGAGUCUUUAUUCAGGAAGCAAGGCUUUUACGAAUGUCUUCUCUCAAGCUCUCAGUAUGGAAUACAGAGACAAAGGUAUCCUUGUGCAGACUGUUCAACCAUAUUUUGUGGUGACAAAAAUGUCUAAACUUCGUAGAUCAAACUUCUUUAGACCCACUCCUGAACAAUAUGUAAAAUAUUCCCUCAAUACCCUUGGCCUCGAAGCGGUAACUUGUGGAUAUCCAUCUCAUGCUUUGGUGAAGUGGAUUGGCCAGUAUUUACCUGAGUGGUAUAUAAGAAAAAACAUCAAAGAUAUAGCCAUAAAAUCAAGAGAUUACCAUUUAAAGAAACUAAAGAAAAACUAAGCUGAAUUGCCUUGACAAGAUCCUUGGUAUUUUUAAAAUCUACAUUCAAGUAUCAAAUACUUUGUCACGUGUUAUAGUCUUUGUAUGGGAUAUUUUGAUGGAAACCAGAGACUGGCAUGAAGAAAGAAAAAAAUAUAUGAGGUGUAGAAAAAUCAAUGACAACUUCUAGAGUAUCUGCUGCUCUGAAACCAUUCUAUUAAAAUGUGUGAUACAUAAUUAAGUAUUAAACAAUAUUUUCAAUUAAUAGUUUUACUGAAGUGCAUCAGUAGCAUUUCAGAAAGGUUCAUUUUUAGAAAAGUGGUAGAAAUUGACAUAGAACAAUUUGGAAUUUGUAACAUAUCACUACCCAUAAUCAAGUCACAUAACUUACUCGAUUUUAAACUAAAAAUCUACUGUUAUUUCCUCAAUUUUGCUAUUUCAAGAAAUACCCCUUUUUGAAAUGUGUUGAGAUUUUAAAAACUACAACAGAUUGGCUGUAGGAUCUUUGUCUUGUCAAUGUGAACAUUCAUUAUGUGGCAGUCAGUUUCAGGCAUCAUAAUAAUCUUUAUUCCUUAACAAAGCUUUAAAAAUAUGGCUUAAAAUAACGGUGACACAGAUUUCAUAUGUUCACAAUGUUUGGGUUGUUUUUUUUUUUACUAAUGACAAUACUUUAAGUAAAAUGGUACUUUGUGGGGGGUGUUAUAUCAAAUAUUAAAAAAUAAGGAUUACAGCAACAGACAGGAUAUUCCUUACCUUGAUGUUCUAUUAAUAUAAAUGUCUGUGGCUUGGACCCAGGAAGUGCUUGUGAGAUUCCACUGAUGCAAUGGGAUUCUCCAUUAUAUAACAAGGUAAGGGAGCUCUUUGAGUGAUAUGAGAUGUAGUACAGAAGGCUGCAACAGAAAGGAUAAUGAGAGAAAGAAGGUAAGCAUGUUUGGGCAAUGUGUCCUCUUGCAUAAGAAUUCUUGGCUCCAGAAUUAAAAUAAGGCCUUGCAAAUGUUGAUAAUACAGUUAACAGGGAUUUGUUAUUCCUAUAUUGUAACUCAGUGAAAUGAAAAAUUGCCUUCUUGAGAUUAGAAAUAGUUCUAUCUAUCUUUACAUGAAAAUUAAGAUUUGAAUUUUUAAUUCCUUAAAUCUUAUUAUUUGUACCUUCAGAACAAAUAAAAUGAAAAUGCUGUAACUU